UCAACCCGUGGAGUUAUAUAAUAAAACGUAACUCAAUCCAUUUUCGGACCAAAAGAGCAUCACAACAACAAAUCAAAUAUUUUGAGUUUCAAACCCUUAGAGCAUGGAGAUAUCGAGGAGGGAACAUGUUUUAUCGGUCCACCAGUGUCUAAGCGUGAGCUUCCACGUCUCUCUCAUAGUACGUUGUGCUAGAUACGCAAGCCGAGUCUCCAAGAAGCUUAAACUCAAAGGACGUCCUAAGGAGCUUUUGACGACUUUAAGCAACAAGGCCAAGACUAUGGCUGGUCGGAAGAAAAAAGCUUACGACGGCUGUGGAGGUACAAAAGCAAAGACGGGGUUGGAGAUGGUGAUAGAGGAGGAAGAGGAGGAGGAAUAUGGCAUUUGGCAGAGAAAGAUUUUAAUGGGAGACAAAUGUGAGCCGUUGUGUUAUUCCGGAGUGAUCUUCUACGAUUGUAGUGGACAUCAAGUAAAGGAACUGCCUCCGAGAUCGCCAUGUUCCAUUUGGGUGCCGGACCGGCCGACCCGUUCACAUGUUGGGUCGGUGUUAAGCUCGACGGAAGAGGAAUUUUAAUUGAUGUUUUGUUUGGUGUUUCAUGAGGUGAGUGAUGAUUAAACUCUCUAGAAGUUUCGUUAAUCCCUUGUGAUUGGUGGAUGCUAUCAAAUAUUUUACGCAGAUUAUUGUGUAAUCUAUUUGGCAAACUAAU